UCUAAAGCCAACCAAGUUUCUGGAGUACCUCAAGUUCUGUUAGAUAUUUCAAUCUCUGGUAUUAACAUUCUUGAUUGCCAAACACAAACAGCAAUUCAUCGCCAUUCAAUUAAUCAAAUACAAAUUGUUUGCCAAGACAAUUUGGAUUUAAAUUUCUUUUCGUAUAUUUUUAAAGAUGGGGAAGAACAAAAUAAUUAUUAUUGUCAUUGUUUUUGUGUUUUAACAUCUUUACUAGCAAAAGAAAUAAUUACAACACUUGGAGAAGCCUUUAAUUUAGCUUAUAAAAUGGCUUUGCAACAAAAUAUACCUACAAAUAUUUAA